AUGAGGAAGUCUAUUCAUACCCAUUUCACCAUCACCAACUUUCUCUCACUCCUCACUCUCUCAUCAAUCGCCCUCGCCGCCACAGAUUCCAUCUCACAUAAGCCUCACGCACGACUCAUAGCCCAGUUCCCGUCCUCCUCUCUCUUCCAGGGCACCUCCCUCCAAGUCGCCGCCGCCAUCGAGCCAUGCCGCCCAGGAGAGCUAGUCUGCAAUGACGGCUGCAUGCCUCCUCGCGCAUAUUGCUGCCCCGAUGGCGACGGCUACUGUAAGCAGGGAUAUUCGUGCGUUACAGACGGCUGCUGUCCCUUUGGGAAAAUAUGCGAUGGUCGAGUUGUCUGCGAUUUUGGCGAAGUACCUUGUGGUGACAAGCAUUGUAUGCCUGAAGGAGCAGUCUGCUGUCCGGAGGGAUCAUACUGCCGUGCUGGAGAGACGUGUUUUCAGAACGGCUUUGAACAUUAUUGCCAGCAUGCUGGAAGUGCCACUGCUAAGGAAACGAAGACAAAUAGCAUCGACAAACCAACGAGUUCUCAUGACCAAAGCACUACUAAGGGCCUAGCCUCCACCAGAACGAGCCAUGAAGAAGCUUCGGUUCCAGCAUCGACAUCAAAGCCAACAUCAACAUCAGCCUCCUUGGCGACUUCGUCUUCUGAGCAUGAGACCAACAAGCCAAUAGUGCUGCCUACACCUCAUCUCUCUGCAGAAUCAUCGACUUCAUCAUCCGUAGAGGCACCGUCAGCUACUUCUUCAUCAGCACCCGGACCAACUACUUCUCCAUCGAAUGAUAAUGCCGCGACAGCUGUGAAAGUCCCAGGCCUUGGGUUUACUCUUGCAUUGGCCUUGGUAUGGAUGGCCGUUGUUGGUCUUUGA